UGGGUUAGAGCCUCCGAUCCAGCAGCACCACCUGAGGAUCCCGGAAGCCGCCCCCGCGAUGGAAGAAGACCAGGAGUUGGAGAGGAAAGCAAUUGAAGAAUUGCUUAAAGAGGCAAAACGUGGCAAAACGAGAGCAGAAACGAUGGGACCUAUGGGUUGGAUGAAGUGCCCCCUCGCCGGCGCGAAUAAGAGAUUUCUGAUUAACACGAUUAAGAACACGCUGCCCUCCCACAAAGAGCAGGACCCUGAGCCGAAAGAGGCCACGAAGGCACCUGCAAAAAGCCAGAGCCGGAAGGAAGAGCACCGCAAGGGGCACCGAGGCCACCCUUACAAGCCCCGCUCCCAGGGCCGGGGCGCGCGCGGCCCCUCGCCCCCGCGGAAGCGGAGCAGCCCGGAGAGGGGCCCGGCGAGGGGCCCGGGAAGGGGCCCGCCGAGGGGCCCGCCGAGGUACGAGAAGCGGUCCGACAAGCGGUGAGGCCGGGACCGCGCGGCCGGUGCCUCCGGGACUGGGGCUUGUGCGGACGCAGGGUUGGGGCACGGGCCUCGGGCUGGAGUGGUUUUUAGCGCCGGUCCUUUGCGGCGGCGACACGGCCGUCCGCGCCCGGGGACUCGUCUGCAGGCGGCGCGGCAGGUUUCGGCUACCGCGGCAGCGCCCCGCGCACGCGUGUGGUUUCUGUUCUCUCUCGUCCGCCAGUUGGUUUCGAAAUAAACCUGAAACGGAAACAAAGUUCCCCGAGAUGGUUACGACUGGUUCCAGGGUUGUUUGUUUGUUUCAUGUGUUCCAAUCGUGGUCAUUUCUCAAGUUUUCUCCAAAAAAAAAAACAAAAACAAAAACCACUUGUAAAUCCUAAACGUUAUCUUGCUGGAGGCUGAAUUUCAGAGGCAGAAGUCAGCCGGCCAGGAACCGUGGUUAGGCCGAGGUGUGACCCUUGGAAAGGCUGGAAAUGUACCAGGAAGAAACGCAGCGAGAGACUCCUUGCCGGUUUCCUUUUCCUGCGAGCGAGCCGUGGGGAGGGUGCCCACAGGGCUUUGGGUUUGGUGUUCUGUACCAAAAGCCAGAAGGGGGGAAACGUGGCUCUGUCGCUGCCUUGUGCGUUCUCAGACUCAUUCCCCAGAUGAACCACCUUUCCAUAGUCAGUUUUGGGGGCAACGUGUGCGUUCUAAGCGGUGCUUUCAAAAGAACCCUCAAAGGUUAAAGUUAAAUUAUUCAGUGCUGUGUCUUCUUGAGCUAAACACCUACAUUACCACCCUCAGUAGAGUUGUUUCCGAAACCUUAAUUUUAAAUAAAAGUGUGUUUACAACGCC